AUGGAACUCCGUUCCAGAUUAAGGAGUUGUAACGUUUAUAUCAUAACAAAUGUGGAUUUCAAAAGAGAUUGCAAUUUGAAAAUUAGUAUACAAUCUAAUUGUAUUUUAUUGAAUUAUUAUAACAACCGCAAAAGACGGGACAGUUUGAGCUCAAUAGAAAGUUUGUCGGAUUAUUCUGACGAUGAAAUGGAUUCUUGUGUUAUUCCUGUACACGAAUUCUGUCACAUAAUACCAAAUUCUAUGUCGUGUUUGAAAAUCGACAAAAACACAAUCUCCUUCAGGAUUUUGACAGAACCCAAAAAUGGCGGGAACUUUUAUGCUGAAUUCAUCACUCCCACAGAUAAUAAAGAGAUGAAAAUUGAUAAAUUGAAUAUUAAUUUAGAGAAAGAUGAUGCUGUUCAAUUUUUAUGCGCAAAUUGUUCUAAUUUAAUAUCGAACGGUUUGACUAAGUUCGAUAGGAUUCUGGAGUUGCCUACAACUAAUUUAGAUAUGUCCGAAUGGUUCUGUCAUGGACAUGGCAACACUCAUAAUGAAGUGAAACCCAACAAAUUAGAUUUUCUCUACAGACUGACUUAUUUUGCAAUAGAUAACGACAUUUUAAGCGAGAAAGCAAAUAAGUUUAAUUCCAAGCGUACAGCCUAUCAUUGCAAUAGAUGCCUCGCUUGGUUAGGAGUUAAGAGUAAGAAUACAGUGAAACUAUUUAAUUCUGAAGUCAAAAUUAAUCAAAAUAAUACAGAAAAGCAUGUGUUUUCACAUAAAAAUACAACACAGAGUGUUAUUAAAGAUGAUUUUAUAUACACAGUAGAGUGUAUGACGAAGGAGUUUAACCUCGGAAUGCAGUAUACAAUGAUGUGUAAAAUAGUUUUAGAAUGUACCAUAUCCACUUCCAAAAAGCAAUUUCUACUUAUUUGGGUCAUUGAUAAAGAACUGCAAGUGUUGAAAAAUACAGAAACUCGUAUCAGUGAUAAAGUUCUAUUGCAAUCAAGUUAUUUAACUAAGAUUUUGUAUAAAAUUGAGUUGGAAAUGAAUGAGGAAGUUGAAAAUUGGUUGGCGGACCCCGGAGUGGUUUCUACAGAAAUAUCUAAAAACAUGUUCGGUCAAGGAGUCAAACAUUUGGAGGAGAUGUCUUUGAAAAUGCCGGAAUCCUUUCGUUAUACAAACGGUUACUGUGUCAGUUAUCUAAAAGCU